AUGACUCAACUUUCGCCUGCCAGUCAACCUGCGAAUGUCCCCACUGAAGCAGAUGUGGAAAAUGUCCCCGCUGAAGCAGAUGUGGAAACCACAUCUUGCUGUACAAAGGGUGACUGUUGUGGCGAGAUACACUGCGGACAUACCUCGUUUAUUGUGGAUGAGGUGAAGGCUUGCGGCAGCACUGGAAAAGUGUGUAUGCCGCCGUGCUGCGUUGAUUUGGUUGCUCGUGCGGUACUCCGCCUCCUGCAAGACCAUCAUGGAUCUGCUGCAAUUCGUAACAUGGUCCAUAGUAUGAUAUUCGAGGAAUUGUAUCUUGGACAAAGAGAGUCGGAUUCACCUGAGAUACACGUCGAGGAAAGAGGUGGUGUUUCGUAUAUCACAGUCCCAACCGACGACUUAGAUGUUAACGCGGAGGAUGGCUGA